AUGGUUCACCCUCACGGUAUGAAUCAUAACUCUAGUGAUAAUGAAAAUGAGGAAUCACCGGACUUGAGUCAUGUCCCAGAUGGCUCAUCUCAAGCCAAUUUCUAUCACGAAGCUGAUCGUUUUGCAGAGAAUCUCCUAGGCACAGAGGGAUUCGACGAUUUUGAAGCGACCACCUCAGAAAGAAGUUCGGAUCGGAAAGGAUAUGAACGAAACAACAGACGCAUAAUUUUGCAGCGGUUCACUAUUUAUAACUCCAGUACCACCAUGUAUAUUGUAGGGAGUAAUGCGAAAGAAAGUCUCUUUCGAAUAAUCGAGAUAACUUCGGACUCUGAGAGAGGCACUCUCUCCAUAAUCGAAGAGAAAAAUUUCUUUUACACAAGAAACGAUGUCAUAGAGUUGAUGAAAGGGUUAAAUGAAUCGAUAGAGGGUGGUAUACACAAGAUUGCACACGCCUAUGGACUCUUGGGCUUCAUCAGGUUUACUGGUGCAUAUUAUCUAUCUAUCAUAACGAAAUGUAGUCAAGUUGCUUUGGUUGGCGGGCAUUUUGUGUACCAUGUGGAUGAAACAAAACUCAUCCCUCUCUCACUUGAAUAUCGGCGGCCUAAUAAGUAUAGCGAUGAGGAGAAAUUACUAUCCAUAUUCAAGUAUCUUGAUUUGGGCAAGACCUUCUAUUUUAGCUACACUUAUGAUCUCACAAACACUCUUCAAACAAAUUUAUUGAGAUUACGGCAAUAUGAUAAGGGCCACCGUGACCCCGAUAAUCAUAAAACAAGCUUAAAUGUCAGGUUCGUAUGGAAUGGACGUCUUCUCAGACCUGUUAAUGAAACAGACAUCGCUACUUACGAGUGGUUUCAGCCGAUUGUGCAUGGCUUCAUUGACCAGGCCAGCAUAUCCAUCUACGGUCGAAGGCUUUUUAUAACUAUCAUUGCUAGGCGUUCACAUCAUUUUGCUGGAGCACGAUUUUUAAAACGCGGUGUCAAUCACAAAGGUGACGUGGCGAACGAAGUAGAGACAGAGCAGAUCGUUAAUGAUAUGUUGACGACUUCAUUUCAUAGUCCUGAAUAUGGUCUUUUCGCCAAUCCGAGGUUCACAAGUUAUGUUCAGCAUAGAGGCUCGAUUCCACUUUACUGGACACAAGACCUCAAUCGUCUUCCUAAACCCCCGAUUGAGAUCAAUCUAUCAGAUCCAUUUUAUCAGAGUUCUGCUCAACAUUUUGACGAUUUGAUGAGAAGAUACGGCCUACCCAUAAUCAUCGUCAACCUCAUCAAAACAAAGGAGAAACAUCCUAGAGAACUGAAACUCAGCAGGCAGUUCAUUAAUUGUGUGACGUAUUUGAAUCAGUUUUUACCUGAGCCUUACAAACUACAGUAUCACUCCUUUGACAUGUCAAAACAUUCGAAAAAAAAUGCAGAUGUUAUUGGCCCCUUGGAGUCCCUAGCAAAAUCAAGCAUUGAAAAGACUGGAUUUUUUCAUAAUGGCAAAACUUUAGUAGAGACUAAGAUCCAAAGAGGUAUAAUACGAACAAAUUGCAUAGACUGCUUGGAUCGUACAAAUGCGGCCCAAUUCAUCAUUUGCAAGGAGGCCUUGUACCAGCAGCUAAAAAGCCUCGGAUUUCUCGCGUCUCCGUCGAGCUUAGACUAUGAUUCAGAUUUAAUCAACAUUCUCACAGAGAUGUUCCAUGAUCAUGGAGAUACUAUAGCCGUCCAAUAUGGCGGAUCCAAUUUGGUCAAUACUAUGGACUCAUACAGGCGAAUAAAUCAGUGGAGCUCGCAUACAAGAGAUAUUUUGAACAGCAUCAAAAGAAUUUACUCUAACUCCUUCAUCGAUGUUAUUAGACAAGAAGCUAUCAACUUAUUUUUGGGAAACUAUAUCUAUAGUCCAGAAAAGCCUAAAUUGUGGGAAUUACAGAAUGACUACUACUUGCACAAUCAAGGACUUGCAGUCGACUUCUCCAAUAAGGUUAGCUAUAUCCGUUGGUAUAAUGAAAACGCUGUUAAAAGUUUAAUAAGGAGUGAAAACGAUACACUCUUGUUUCCUUUGCGACAACUUCGACUCGAUAUAAACGAGCUUUCUGAUAAUUGGUUUAACGAGUGCUACAUUCCGAAGAAAUUUCAGUCUUUCACAAACGUAUAUCAGUUUAAUAUGAACUCAAACGCCAGAUAUUUUCCGAAUAGCACCAAUGAAGCGAAAUCGUUUGAUUACAGCCCGUUUGGAUCACGCAGAGGGAAAUAUAUACCAAAACAUCAUAAUCAACAUCGCUCACAUUCUGUCGAUAAUGAGAUGGUCAAUACGACAACAAGUGAGACAAGACUGAUUGAAUCAAGUGCAACGAACGUUCGCGAUUUUGGAGUGCAACCCAACGAAAAUAACUUUUCGGCAAGAAUACUUUGUUCCUCUGCGGAUGCAAGUUUGUUCUCAAUCAUAUUGUCACACCCUCUGCGAUUUCUACAUGAGCAAAAGAAGGCGAGUUUAAUUAGGCCAAUAGCGCUUGAUGAAAAGGAAGAGGAGUUUUACAGAACAAAAACACAACCUCCAUCGUUCGGUUAUUGUCUCAGCACACUGCACAAGUUCGUUAGCUCGGACGACACACAGCACUACAUAUCCUACUUGGAAGAUUUUCUUCAAACAACGGUUUUCAUGACCACUGAGCAAUAUGUUUAG